ACAGCACCCGCCCAAUGAGAUCGGCUCAGCCUUCCCAGGAGACCUCAUUCACGCCUCUAAGCCUCCAAGUCUCCAAGCCUCUCUCAGCAUGCUUGCGACAACGGGAUACUUGUCCAAAACACCACGACUCUUCGGCGCUCAACCUGCUCAUCGCAAAGUACCAACAUCGCUGGCGUGACCGGACGAUACAGCUCACCGCUGCGUACACUUGAGCGCUCACGCCAUCAUCUUACUCUUUCCUACCGAAGCUAUCCGAUGCAGCUCUCUGAGCAACAGCACAGGCACCCUCGACCGAACUCUAUCACGGCUUCCCGCACUGCGGCAUCUGCCUAAAAAGUUGCACUUUGCAUAUACCUCCUCCCAAUGCGGGCGGGAUGCCUUCUCCAACCUCAUAUCGUCCCGCGGACCCGCCAGGCUCUCCAGGGAAUGAUUCCGAUUCAGACCUCGAUCUCGAUAUCCAGGAGCUCGAUCCUGCCACUACCACAACCGAUCGCACCUCUGGCCUCCUCCGCCACGACCGUCAGACCACCGAACAUCGAUCGCCACGUAUAGCACUGCGAAAUCUACGCAUGGGGGGCUCACGCCGAGCCGGACAAAAGGCCAGGGGAUAUGGCCAACUUGGCCAGGACCGAGAUGGCACCAGCGAGGAUGCUGAAGCACUUCUCGGCGAACCCGGAAGCUCUUCAUCACGAUAUAGAGAUGGGACCGCUGGUGCAGGCUCCGACGACGACUCUCCUCUCUUACCCGGUGGCUCGCCUCCGAGGCGUCGAUCCUUCGCCGGGGACAGAUUCGAGCGACUUACCUCUAGCAUUAGAUUACCGAGCUUCAUGUCGAAUUCAGGGGCGCAAGAAACAGACAAGGACGAUUCCCAGGACCAAGAUGAAGACGAUCCGUCCAGCGCCCGCCUUAUUGCUGUAGGAUCUUCCCAAGCGACGAGAUUCCCGCCGAACCUUAUAUCGAACGCCAAGUACACAGCCCUUACGUUUCUACCCGUCACUCUGUACAACGAAUUCUCCUUCUUCUUCAACAUGUACUUUUUGCUCGUGGCUUUAUCGCAAGCGAUUCCUCCAUUACGGAUCGGUUACCUUACGACUUACGUGGCGCCUUUGGCAUUUGUGCUUUUCAUUACCAUGGGAAAGGAGGCGUACGACGACAUCGAACGAAGACGAAGAGACAAUGAGGCCAAUGCUGAAGCAUACACAGUUUUGUCAUUCGAUGAGCCAGGCCGUGGCAUGGGUUCUGCACAACGUACACACAAGAGGCUCAAGUCGGAUUCCAUGAGGAAGAAGGGCAAAAACUUGGCGGGCUUGAGAGACAGACUCUCGGAUAUUCAAGAGGAAGAAGAGCGAGCUGAGGGAGACGGAUCUAUCGCCCAGCCUUCCUCGUCAGUCCUUGAGGUCAGCCGUAAGUCGCGCGACCUCAAAGUCGGCGAUGUUCUUGUUCUAAGCAAGGGUCAACGAGUUCCUGCCGACGUUGUGAUUCUGAAAUGUAUCACAUCAGAAACAAUUACCGACGCGCCGGUGAUGGAGGUGAUUGCGGAAGAGGAGUCGUUGCUAGUCGAUGCUGAAGAAGAGCAGUCCAAAGCCCUACAAGUUUCCGAUACCAAGGGCAAAGAAGCCGAGAGCAACGACGCUGGCGGCGGUGCCGCUGGCGAAACAUUCAUCCGAACUGAUCAGCUUGACGGAGAGACAGACUGGAAGUUGCGUCUGGCGUCCCCCUUGACGCAAAACUUGGCCACGGAGGAGUUUGUCCGCCUACGUGUAACGGGAGGCAAGCCGGAUAGGAAGGUCAACGAGUUCAUCGGCACAGUCGAGCUGCUAUCCAGCAAACGGGAUGCCCAAAGCCAGCAAGCAGCGCUUGACGGGGGUGAAGGCACCUCGGCCCCGUUGUCAAUAGACAACACAGCCUGGGCGAACACAGUAAUCGCCUCCAACGCCACUACUCUCGCUGUCAUCAUGUACACGGGACCUCAGACGAGGUCAGCGCUGUCGACUGCCCCCUCACGGUCCAAGACUGGACUUUUAGAAUAUGAGAUCAACUCGCUCACCAAGAUUUUGUGUGCCUUGACUUUGGCGCUUUCCAUUAUCCUUGUGGCGCUGGAAGGCUUCGGAAACACCAAAGACAACGUUUGGUACAUCAAGAUUAUGCGUUUCCUUAUUCUUUUCUCGACUAUUGUGCCCAUCAGUCUGCGUGUCAACCUCGACAUGGGCAAGAGCGCUUACUCUUGGUUCAUUCAACGAGAUCCCGGCAUUGCUGGAGCUGUUGUGCGAACGAGCACGAUACCGGAAGAUCUCGGAAGAAUCGAGUAUUUACUCAGCGACAAGACUGGCACGCUGACCCAGAACGAGAUGGAAAUGAAGAAAAUUCAUGUCGGCACCGUCUCCUACGCUAACGAGGCCAUGGACGAAGUCACAUCGUACGUCAAGCAAGGGUUCCACAUUCAACCUACUACCGAUCCUUCAUCGCACACGAUGUUGAUCACGCCUUCUUCGACAUUUGCCAACUCGUCAAACGUGGGUGCUACACGCACAAGAAGAGAAAUUGGCACUCGUGUCCGAGACGUGGUUCUCGCUCUGGCUCUGUGUCACAACGUGACGCCAACAACAGAGGAAGAAGACGGAAAGACCGUUGUUUCUUACCAGGCCUCCUCUCCUGACGAGAUCGCCAUCGUUCGCUGGACCGAAUCCGUCGGUCUUCGCCUCGCCUAUCGCGAUCGCACCAGCAUGGUUCUUGAGUCAACAGAGAACGGCCGUGAAAUUGUUCGCGUGCGUAUCCUCGACGUCUUCCCCUUCACAUCCGAGGGCAAGCGCAUGGGUAUCAUUGUUCAGUUUUUCGAUCAGACUCAGUCUACGGUGCCAAAUCUCGCCAACAGCGAAAUCUGGUUCUAUCAGAAGGGUGCUGACACAGUCAUGAGCCCCAUUGUGGCCGAGAACGACUGGCUUGACGAAGAAACCUCCAACAUGGCUCGAGAGGGCCUGCGUACACUUGUCGUUGGCCGGAAGCGCUUGUCUUACGAGCAAUACAAGGAGUUCACCGGGAGCUACCAAGCGGCUUCUUUGGCUAUCGCUGGACGAGACGCUGGUAUGCAACGUGCUGUGGCUCAGUACCUGGAGCGCGAUCUGGAGCUUCUCGGCGUCACUGGUGUAGAGGACAAGCUGCAAAAAGAUGUCAAGCCAUCUCUAGAGCUUCUGAGAAACGCAGGCAUCAAGAUUUGGAUGUUGACUGGUGACAAGGUUGAAACAGCUCGCUGUGUCGCCGUCAGCUCCAAGCUUGUCGCUCGUGGCCAGUACAUCUACACCGUUUCCAAGCUUAAGAAGAAGGACAACGCGCAAGAUCACCUCGAUUUCCUCCGUGGCAAGACGGAUUCUUGUCUCUUGAUUGAUGGCGAGAGUCUGGCCCUCUUCCUCACCCAUUUCAGGAUCGAAUUUGUGUCCGUGGCUGUGCAACUCCCGACGGUUGUCGCAUGUCGAUGCUCGCCCACGCAGAAGGCCGAAGUCGCCAAGCUGAUCAGAGAGUACACUAAGAAGAGGGUCUGCUGCAUUGGUGACGGAGGCAACGAUGUUUCCAUGAUUCAAGCAGCAGAUGUCGGUGUUGGUAUUGUGGGCAAGGAAGGUCGGCAAGCUAGUUUGGCGGCAGACUUCUCGAUUGAGCAGUUCUACCACCUAACUAAAUUGCUGGUCUGGCACGGGCGCAACAGUUACAAGCGCAGUGCUAAGCUCGCUCAAUUUGUUAUCCAUCGUGGAUUGAUCAUUGCGGCCUGCCAGACGAUGUACAGUAUUGCCAUCAAGUUUGAGCCCGAAGGUCUCUACAAAGACUGGCUUCUCGUCGGAUAUUCCACCGUGUAUACUGCCUUCCCCGUUCUCUCCCUCGUCCUUGACAAGGAUGUAGACGAAAACUUGGCGAAUCUGUAUCCGGAACUAUACAAAGAGCUCACUUCCGGCCGAUCCCUGUCUUAUCGUACCUUUUUCGUCUGGGUUGCCGUUUCGAUCUAUCAAGGCUGCACAAUUCAAGGCCUAUCACAGCUUCUAACCGAAGUCGACGGGCCCAAGAUGGUGGCAGUUUCGUACACCGUACUAGUUCUCAACGAGCUCCUCAUGGUCGCCAUCGAGAUUACGACGUGGCACCCUGCCAUGAUCAUCUCGAUCGUUGGCACAUUUGUCAUUUUCGUUGGCUCCGUGCCGUUCCUCGGUGGUUACUUUGAUCUUCAAUUCAUCAUCACUUUGGGAUUCAUCUGGCGCGUCCUCGCCAUCGCGGCGAUAUCUCUCAUCCCACCCUAUGCGGUGAAGCUCAUUAGGAGGACGAUGAAGCCGCCCUCGUAUAGAAAGGUGCAGAGCACGUAGAAACCGCACCAGUGUGUUGUGUUGUAUUAUCGUUGUUGAAUGAGAUCUUCUUUGUAUCUAUCUUCAAAGCUCUGUGUAAGCGCGUCUGGGAUCGGUGUCAGCGAACGGGGUCCACGGCCAUUCAAAGGGAAAGGCUGCUGCGGUUUUUGCAUUAUUAGGCGGAGUUGAACGGGGACCUGGGAAACUGUUUUUUUCUUUUUUUACCCAACUUUGUACGGCAUUAUUCGGAUGGGGCCAUCGACAGCCCAGAAGAAUUAGACAGCGUUAUCGAAAUUCGAGUUUACU